AUGUUGGCAUUCAUCCACAGACAGUUGACACAAUAUAAUGCAGAACCUCUGAAGAUUGGAGGAUAUCCAUAUGAUUCUCACAGUGGACAGCUGAUAGACAGUCUAACCGAUGCUUCAGACUUCACACCGCCAUCCUGCCUGGAUGAUCCUGACAGAGAACAAAGAAUUAAGGAGCUUGAGCUGCUGCUUAUGUCAGCAGAGAAUGAAGUCCAGCGACAAGUGCAGUGCAGAGGUCCUUGUAGCUUGGAACAGUACACAGCUUGGUCAGACAACAUGUCAGAUGACACAAUAACUACGAGUGGCAGCAGUGUAGAGAAGCAGGGACGUGAAAGCCCCUGGAGGGGCUCUGGGAUCCUGGAUGGACCUCCAGCACAGCUCACCAUCUCCCCCAGCAAGUUUCUGGCUGACGAGGCCGGCACUGUGCUGUCAACCUUACAUACCAUACCAGAGUUUGCUGAAAGCAUGGAGCUCAUGGAUUCAGACCCAGUUAUAUGGAGCAAGGUGGCCAGUUUUGAUAUAUCAAAGACAGCAACACCCUCCAAGAACAUCCAGGGAGGCUACACCACACUUCUUCCAGAGCGGACAAUGAGCAAUCCAAUGGUUUACUCCGUAAACACCCCACCUACCAUUUCUGGUUGUGACAAGAACUCCCCAUUUGGUCUGUGCGGUGUGUCCUCCCUGACUACUAUCAAUUCAUCCAAAACCACACAGGCAUUGAUUGGGAGGAGGAGGAAGGAGACUAAUGAAAGGGUUGAACCGUCCCCUUUGUCUGACAGGACAUACUCAUCCUUCUUAGAAAAUGUUUCUGAGUCACCGAAGAAAACUCCCCCAAAGUCCCUGCCAUUUACCCCAUCGCGAUUCUGCAACAUGUCUGCAACUGAACAUCUGAAUCUUGAUAACCCCACCCUAACUUCAACUCCUGUAUGCGGCCAAAGAUGUCUCCUCUAUACGCCGCUCCAAAAAGAAACCACACCGAAGCACCAGAAAGAGAAUGAUGGUUCUCGAACUCCUAAAUUACGCAAAACUGUCACGAUUCCGACCCCGAGGACACCAACUCCCUUCAAAAAUGCGUUGGCUGCUCAGGAGAAAAUGCAUGGGCCCCUUAAGAUGGAGCCCCAGCCACUGGCAUUUCUAGAAGAAGACAUUCGAGAAGUUCUAAAGCAGGAGACUGGAGCUGACAUUUUCAACAAAACAGACAUCCUGACUGAUUACAGAGCAUGGAAGCAUAAUAUGGAUGGUUCAGCUCGAAAAGUACGAAAGUCUCUUGUGCUUGAUCCUUGGGAGAAAGAUUGCCUCAACAUCCAUUUUUUCCAAGAGCAGCUUAACAAUGCACAAGUACCAGAGGAAAGUCUACUGGCGACGUCUUCCCUGAUUCCAGAGCAGAAGGAGUGCCCUUUGAUCUCUGAGACAGAAGAUUCCUUAUUACUUCCGAUUCAUCACUUUGCUAGCUCACAUAUGAAGAAGUCACCUGCUUCACGCAAAGCACCAAAACUCAGCUCUGGACAGGUGCAUGACUGGGAAGCAGUGAUUUACGGGAAAACAGCAGACCAGCUGAUCAUGACAGAACAGGCCCGACAGUACCUGAACCCCUGCACAACCUCUGGUUCCACCCCAAGGGCCCUUGUGCUUUAAAACCGUCCCUUUGCUGCGAGGUCAACACUACUAUUCCACCUGUCCAACAACUAAAACCUCCACUGAAUCAUGUAAGAGACAAUCCAGUGAAGACAAAUUAUUUUUAAUUCAAAGCAGAAAUGCACUGCCAAGGAGUUUCUUGAUUUCAACAUGCUUUUAUGUCACUGCCCAAGCUGAUUUCUUGUUUACAAGCAUUCUCUGUUUUGUUGGUAUUUUCUGACACACACAUACACAACCAGCCUCCACAGGACGUUUUGAACACUAAUGA